AUGCGUUUCUCAAUCCCACUUCUCACCCUCACGACGCUGUCGACUCUGAUUUUUGCUCAUAACCUACCUUUCACCUUCCAGCACGUUUUCUCCGUUCAAAUCACCAUUGCUCCAGCACUACCAAGCAUCAAUGUACCAGGCGGAACACUCGUCAUAGAACCUAUCACCGGCGGAACAGUAAACGGAACCAUAAACGGCACCAUCCUCUCCGGCUUCGCCUACCCAACAUCCCUCACCAACACAACAAUCGACAACCCAUCCAUCACCCUCUACGGGCUCACAGACGAUAAUCAAACUUUCUACGUCUCCGAAAUGGGAACCGGGUCGCGCGCUUGUCAAGUUACUAGGAUUGAGAUGAAGAUUAAUGGGACGAGGUAUCAGGAGUUUAAUAAUGGGUUUCUGGUGGCGAGUGUGGUGCCGAGGAAUGAGACGUUUGUUGAUGUGGAGGUUUACUUGGUGGGGAAUGUUGCCUCUGAUUGUGGGGCUUAA